AAUCUCACAAGACACAUCAAAGUUGUGCAAAUGAUCAUACAGAAAAUGAUGAUACCGGAAAGAUGAAUAACCAAGAAGAAAAUGAAAACAAUGCAAAGAAAAAUACAUGUAAUGAUUCAUCAUCAUCAUCUUCACUAUCUAGGACUCACAAAAUAGAAACCCUAAUGAGAAACUUGUCCGAGCUUUCCGCUUCUCCAAGACCAGAUCCAAGAAGAAUGAUUUCAAAGAGUGCAACAAGUUCGCGUAGUGAUAGUUUAGAAAGCACGAGUAGUUCACAUAAUAAGCCACAUACAGGAGGUGAUGUGAGAUGGGAUGCAAUCAACGUGGUUUCAAAAGGGUCGAAUUGUAAUCUCAACUUUAGUCAUUUUAGGCUUGUGAAACGCGUUGGUUAUGGUGACAUUGGAAGUGUUUACCUUGUUGAGCUUAAAGGAACAGGAACAUUCUACGCUAUGAAAGUUAUGGAUAAAGCUUCUCUUGCUAGCAGAAACAAGCUUCUUAGGGCACAGACUGAGAGGGAGAUUCUUGGACUUCUUGAUCAUCCUUUCUUACCAACUUUGUAUUCUUAUUUUGAAAAUGAAAAGUAUUACAGUUUGGUUAUGGAGUUUUGUAGCUGUGGUAGUUUGCAUUCACUCAGAUUGAAGCAACCCAACAAGCAUUUCACCGAAGAGGCCGCAAGGUUUUAUUGUUCAGAGAUUCUAUUAGCACUGGAGUAUCUCCACAUGUUAGGAAUAGUAUAUAGAGAUUUAAAACCAGAAAACGUUCUAGUCCGAGAUGAAGGCCAUAUAAUGCUAUCAGAUUUUGACUUAUCUCUCCGUUGUUCGGUUAACCCUACACUCGUAAAAUCCUCCUCCGCGCGUGUAACAACCACAUCCAUAGGAAUCCUAGACGACGCACAAGUCGUGCAGAGUUGCAUGCAGCCAUCAAGUUUCUUCUUCCCACGGAUCCUCCCCUACAAAAGAAACAGAAAAUCAAAAUCAGAUUUCGGUCUCAUAGGCGGCCGACUUCCAGAACUAAUGGCAGAACCAACGAACGUCAGAUCAAUGUCGUUCGUUGGUACACACGAGUAUCUCGCUCCGGAAAUCGUCCGGGGCGAAGGGCACGGCAGUGCAGUCGAUUGGUGGACGUUCGGGAUAUUUUUAUACGAGCUUAUAUACGGGACAACGCCGUUUAAAGGUAACGGAAACCGUGCUACGCUUUUUAACGUUGUUGGACAGCCAUUAAGGUUUCCUGAACAUCCUUCAGCUAGUCCUGUUGCACGAGAUCUUAUUAGAGGGUUGUUGGUUAAGGAACCUCAUAAAAGAAUUGCUUAUAAAAGAGGUGCAACUGAGAUAAAACAACAUCCAUUUUUUGAAGGGGUGAAUUGGGCUUUGAUUCGAAGUUCUAGUCCUCCUAUUAUACCUGAAACUUUUGAUUUUAGUCCGUAUGUUAGUAAAGAAGCUGUUGUUGUGGCAGCUGAUAAGAAGGAUGUUGAUAAAAAUGAUGAUGGUAAGAUGCAGAAUGAUCCUUCUUAUGAAGAUUUUGAGUAUUUUUAG